GUUGACAAUACCGGAAGAUACCCUUUCAAAGCGCCGGGGUGGUAAUUUCCGGCUUGCUGAAGAAAGUUGAUCAGGGAAGGUCUACUGGUUCCUGGAUUUUGAAAAAUGGAUAGCCAGGGAAGGAAAGUGGUGGUUUGUGACAAUGGAACCGGGUUUGUGAAGUGUGGCUAUGCAGGCUCCAACUUCCCAGAGCACAUCUUCCCUGCGCUGGUGGGCAGGCCCAUCAUCCGCUCCACAGCUAAAGUGGGCAACAUUGAGAUCAAGGACCUGAUGGUGGGAGAUGAGGCGAGCGAGCUGCGCUCCAUGCUGGAGGUCAACUACCCCAUGGAGAAUGGCAUCGUACGCAACUGGGAUGACAUGCGUCACCUCUGGGACUACACGUUUGGCCCAGAGAAGCUCAACAUCGAAUCCAAAAACUGCAAGAUCCUUCUCACAGAGCCGCCCAUGAACCCCACCAAGAACAGGGAGAAGAUCAUUGAGGUGAUGUUUGAGACGUAUCAGUUCGCUGGGGUUUACAUCGCCAUCCAGGCUGUGCUCACUCUCUAUGCUCAAGGUCUUCUCACUGGAGUGGUCGUGGAUUCGGGUGAUGGCGUCACACACAUCUGUCCCGUCUAUGAAGGUUUCUCCCUGCCCCAUCUCACCCGCCGACUAGACAUUGCAGGGCGAGACAUCACUCGCUACCUCAUCAAGCUGCUCCUGCUGAGAGGCUAUGCCUUCAACCACUCUGCCGACUUUGAGACGGUGCGCAUGAUGAAGGAGAAACUGUGCUACGUGGGCUACAACAUCGAGCAGGAGCAGAAGCUGGCCCUGGAAACCACUGUCCUCGUGGAGUCCUACACGCUGCCUGACGGCAGGGUGAUUAAGGUGGGUGGGGAGCGCUUUGAGGCCCCUGAGGCUCUCUUCCAGCCCCACCUGAUCAACGUGGAGGGGGUCGGAGUGGCCGAGCUGCUCUUCAACACCAUCAACGCGGCUGACAUCGACACCAGAUCGGAGUUCUACAAACACAUUGUUCUGUCGGGAGGUUCCACCAUGUACCCCGGGCUGCCCUCUCGUCUGGAACGUGAGCUGAAGCAGCUGUACCUGGAGCGCGUGCUGAAGGGAGACGUGGAGAAGCUCUCAAAAUUCAAGAUCCGAAUUGAGGACCCCCCUCGGCGCAAGCACAUGGUGUUCCUGGGUGGGGCGGUGCUGGCUGACAUCAUGAAAGACAAGGACAACUUCUGGCUGACGCGAGAGGAGUAUGAGGAGAAGGGCAUGCGUGUCCUGGAGAAGCUGGGCGUCACCGUCAGAUAAACCUACGAAAAACGCCUCACCCUCACCCUCCCCCUCGUCCCAACCACACCCUCACGUGGACCCACACCACCCAUCUUCUCCAAUACAAUACAAUACAAUACAAUUAUAUAAUGAGAAAACAAAUAUCUAUCAUUUCACCUCUCGCUUCCUACGUUCUGCCUCUUCAUUCGUAGAAACACGCCAUCUAUAGAUGGAGGGAGGGAGAGAAAGGGGGGGGGGGGUGUUGUUGAAUUGGGGGGAGGGGGAGGGGGGGGGGAGAUUUGAUAUGUGGGUUUUGGUGUAGAGCCCCUGUAUCAUUAUUUUCUACUUCUAUGGCUAAGGGGAUGCCAUUUUAGGCCAAAUAGGAACCAUUGUAAUUGGACAAACCAAAUUAACUCACCCAUGUCGUCAUAAUUACCACUUGUCACCCCCCUCCAGCUGUGGUGCUGGGAUCGUAUAUAGGCAGGCUUCUCAGAACGAGUGCAGGUUUCUCUUUCUUUUCUUGGUUUUGUAUCUCUCCAUCCUGUCUUGGCUGGCUUAUUGCACCAGGUGUAUUUGUCCUUGAAGAUGAUGAAGACCAUCGUGUGUGGGUUACGGAAUAGGUCCAUUUGGGUCCAUUUGGGUGUUUUGAAGUCAAAGUGCGCUUUCUCUUUCCCCUGGUUUGGGUUUGAAGUCUGUAAUGGCCUCCUGUUGACCUCUCUGACCCCUGGAUGUUAUUUAAAACCAGGCAUUGGCCAGUCCCUCCCCUCCAGAUCCUUAACAAUUCCACAUGAGGACUGUGCAGAUUUCUAUGUCAAUGUCUUUAUUUUUAUGAUUUUAUAUCACCAUUUCUUUUAUAGGAGGGGAUUGAUUUGUAUGUUUUUUUUUUUUCUUUUUUCUUUAUGGUCUUUAUUUCUACUUUUCAUAUGCUUUCUUUCCUUUGCUGUGUAUUACUUCCAUUGUGUCAGUGUUAGGGCACAGACAUUUGUAAAAGUCACGUGUUCUUUGAGAAGAUCUCAAACCCCUUUCACUCUAAUCCCUUUGAGAAAUUCCUCAUACUUUAUUGCUUUUUUUUUUUUUUUUGGAGAAAUAUGGACAUCUGUAAGGACUCUUAUAAGGGACAUGCAGCCCCAGACUCAGCUGUGGUCUGGUGUCAUCGCCAGGGUCAUCGGGGAGAGGUGGAAUGGUCAUACUGAAAAAAAGGACCGGGUGUCUUUGGGCAUGGAGAUGUUAAAAACCAACGUUCAGGUCACUCUGUCUGCCCCUCAAACGAACGUGUGUACAUUGGAGGCACCUCAUACUCAAUAUAUAACUAUAUAUUAUUUUUUCCAUAAAUGUUCAUCCAGUGCCAAGCGCAGUUAUUGUACCUGGAUUUUUUUUUUUGUCGUUUCAUUUUGUUUUAUUUUGUUUGGUUCACAUCAUAACUGCCUAACGCUGAUUUAAAUAAAGAAAGUGAUUUAUAAA